AUGCGACUAGGCCAUAUCGGCCAGCACGUUGAUAUAGAUAAAGAGAGUGCGACCCUAUUGGCAAGAGUCGACACCGGCAGUUCUGAUGGCCUGUCUUCUUCUGUUUCUUCUUCUGGAUUUUCUGGUCUUUCGGAUGCACCAAGUGGCCUGAUUGGUUCGCCCCCGUCCGCGACGCCCUUGACAACAUUCUACUGGGCCACCCGCGACGAAAACUACCGCGUUGUCGACUAUCGAGAAGUCGUCGGCUGGAGAGUUGGCAAUCUCAAGGGCGACCUGCCCAGUAACUCUUACAGCACCGCGGUAGUUGGCGAUGCCAACGCCGAUGCAAAUGUCGACAUUGCCGAAGCCAGCAGCAGUGGCGAUGCCAACAACGGCUCGCCCACCAUUACUGAAGGGGCUCACGCGUCCAACAAUGCUUCCUCGUGCUCUGCCAAUCUCACCGUUGCCAUCAACGCCACGACCUUUGGCGUCUUCCUUCAGUCCAUUAGCGACAUGUCUGCUGAAGUUCUCUCAUUUAUGGCAACGAGAUGGCAAGACUUGGUCGCAUCCCGUCACGAGGGCGGCGCCACCGGGUUCCACUUGGGCAAAUUGCUAGUCAACCAAGCCCGAACUCAAGUGGUCAAGUCCAUUGCGUUCGUGGUCCGUUGCAUCCUGGUACUGACGGAUGUGAUGGGCCUGUUUGCCGGCCUGGUUGUCGUCCUCGUCGGUCGGUACUCGUGGUUCUUGUUCAAGGAGCUGCCGUCUCGCUUCCGUCAAUACGCAGCAGUGUUGGCACAUUAUUUGCAGACACUGGUUAGCGGCAUGCUAGCGCGAUGCGCUGAGUCAGUUCACGAUCUGACCGUAGCAUGGGGAGAGGUGAGUCGGCGGUCUCAGUUGCGCAAACUCGAGCUGGACAACGCGCUGCGUGAGGCGGAGCUGCGGGCUCAGACGCUCGACGAGCAGAUUGCCCGCAAAGAGCUGGAGGCCGUUCGACGCCGCAUGGAAAUGAGCAUCAUGGACCUGGAAACCGAAGGUCAUGAGGAGUGGAAGAGGAAACUCCCCGAGCUCAGACGGAACGCUGGAUGGGUGCCGACCGCCAAACUUCCACAGCCCCCGGCCUCAGUGGAACAAGGCACCAAGACAGCUGACCUGCCAAUUCCUGCACCUGUGCCAGUCCCUGCGCCUGCCGCAGCCCCUUCUAGCCUUUUCUCUGCCCCUGUUUCCUGCCCUACCCAUUCUUCCCUCCGUCAUCGACCGAGACCUCGAUCGACAAGACAGUCCCUUGUUAAAGUGGAUUACGAGUCCUCCGACGAUGAGGAACUCGCGAGGUUUCGGGAGAAAACUGGGUUUUCUCCACGUGCUGCUCCUCUGUCGUCCGCUGAAGAGCAGGGGCUUCGACGUGAACGGCGGUUGCAGCAGCAAAUGGAGGCCGAGGAGAGACCGCAAGAAUCCAGGGCCGGCCGUCAUUUCAUCGCCCAGUUGGAGGGCAUGUUUGCGGGUGAGGUCGAUGUCCUUGCAAGCGACGACGAGAAGGUCGCUUCGGAUGAGCAAACUCAUCAGACCAUGCAAGAGACCGAGUCUGCUACCCCAGAGACUCCUCCAACGGCUGGAGAUGCCGUUGUCAUCGAUGAGACUGCCGCACCAGAGGCGAUGCUUCAAGAGGGUGCGCAGUCAAUUGGUCCUCUGCCAACCAUUCCUGGCGCCUGGGAAGCAGACGAGGAGGUUCCUGAAAAGGUCUUUUCUGAAGCGGGACCAGUGGUGUCUUUGGUUGAAAAGCUGGAGCCUGCUGUGUCUGAGAGCCCGGCCAGGACAGUGGAUCUCUGUCCCCAACCAAGCUCUCCACCUGGAUCGCAAAACAACCGCGUCGAUCAGGAGGAAAAGGACAGAGAUGACAACGAGGAAGACAACCAGGGCAAGGAAAAGGUCAACGAGGAGGACGACGACAGCGACGACGAUGAUGAUGAUGACGCGAAGCCUGAUUCAAAGGGCUCGUUGUCGAAUGCGGCAGUUUCUCCCGCCCCCAAUGCAGAGCCCCCGUCAAAUGCAGCUCUGCCUACCAACGUGAACCUCCUUGGCGCGGGUCAGGAGGUUCCCAGAGCUGCAGGACAAUCCCCACGUGGGAUUCUGCGAACGGAAAAUGGUACCCGCCAAUCCUCGGCACGUGUUCGUUUCGCCGAAGAAACGAAUACAUACCAUUUCCGGGGAGAUUCGUGCCCCAUGGAGGUGGAAGCCUCCGUGGAAGUCAUCGCAAGCACGCCGACGCCGACGCCAUCGCUGCCGGAACCCCAGGCUCCUCAGGUGCAUCAAAUGCCCGAGGUUGUGGAGGGUGAACGCGAGCAGGCGCAAGUCGACCAGGCCUCAACCUCCUGGCAAGAAGCCAUAGUCCGCCCAACCGCGUUGGACGAGGUGGUGCGGACUAGCAUGCGGGAGUCGAGGGCGACUGGAAGACCCCGGCUGAUUCGGCCCGGCUCUGCAGAUGCUGAGGGCAGCUCGGCACCAGAAGUGCACAUGGAGGAAGGCGGAUUCGGAACGCCGGCUGUCCAGGACAGCCUUGACCUCCAGUGUACCGCCAUGGAUCUCGAUGGGGAGGAGGAACCACCGCGCGAGACAAACGCAAUGGAGGUUGAUGUGGCCGUGGAGGCUGCAGAAACAAGUGCGAACAUCGCCGAUGGCGAGGAGCAGGAAACCCCUGCACCAGUUCAGCUACCUCCCGGAGCACAUGUCGGAGCAGACGGGGUCAUUGAGCUCGGCGUAUACACCGGCCUAGGGGAGAGAGACCCGGCGGUGAUUGCCUACAGAGAGCAAGAUGACUCCGAGGGCGACUCUGAGUCCGACAGCUCCGUGCGCUCGGCGGCGGAUUUCGAGCGGGUGAUGGGCAACUUGGGCAUUGACGAGGACGGCCAUUAUCUGAGCGACAGCACGGAGGACGAGCCGGAGGGUGACGACUCCGGCUUGGAGGGUGGUGACGAGGCCGCUUAUAGCGACGACGGCGGUGAUGUCCUUGGCUUCAAUGCCAUUGGCAAUGCCGUCGACGAAUCAGAGGGCGAGGAGUCGGAUUUCGUCGAGGACAACGACGAUGAAGAUUCCGACUUCUCUGAUUCGUCUGCUCCUCUCAGAGACCUCCCAGCUCAAGAUUUGGAGCUCAUGCGAAGAUAUUGGCCCGAGCGUUUGCGAGCCCUUGAGCAGAUUGAUGAGGAUGAGGAGGGUGAGGAGGAGGACGAGGAGGAUCGGGAGGAUGAGGAGGAGGAUAGGGAGGACAGCCAAGGGGGCAACAUUGGAGGAGCUGGGGGUGGCAAUGGCGAUGCCGGGACUGGGGGAGGAAACGGCGAUGCCGUCCAGGGGCAACACAGCAGGCAGGAAAGCAACAGCGGAAAUCAGGUCAAGGAAGAGAGCCGAGGCGAAAUCCGAGGCCACUCUCAACCUCAGCCUCAACAAGAGCAACCGCCCAGUUGGAAACAAUUAAUGGCGGCAAUCAAGAGCCUACCAGAGUCAUGCCUGGUAGAGCCUUCGGAAGCCGAAACGGUGGUCGUAAAUGGCCACGUUGGCAUCAGCCCCAGUUGGGUCGCGCGCAACCCCGGAUUCACUCUCAGCCAGCGCGGACAGAACUUCCUCCGCUGCAAUGAGAGCUUCCGGGUGGAAUACGGCUGGAAACUCAUCCUGAACUGUGAAGCCGCCAAAUCUGGAUGCGACAGAUAUCGGACGGCCAAGAAGGCCAGGGUGGAAUGA